UAUGCCCUAAUCUUGAAAAACACAUUGGGUCCCACACUUCUAAGCUCUGGGCUGAAGAUCAUACCGAUCUUACCUCCUCCCUCAAAACUUGAAAAAGGGCUUGUUUCUUUUUGGAUCCUUCUAUUAAACUCAAUCUACCAGAACAAUGGCACCCAAGAAGGAUGUGAAGAAAGCUGAACCCAAAGCUGCAGCUCCUGCCCCAGCACCUGCCCCAGAACCAGUAAAACCCAAAGAACCAGUAUUUGAUUUAUCCAGCGUCAAGAUCGAGUUUUCUAAAGAUCAACAGGAUGACUUCAAAGAGGCUUUCCUGCUCUUUGACAGGACUGGAGAGAGCAAGAUCACCCUCAGCCAAGUCGCUGAUGUCAUGAGAGCUCUCGGACAGAACCCCACAAAUGCUGAGGUCAAGAAAGUCUUGGGAAAUCCCUCAGCAGAGGAGAUAAAUGCCAAGAAGAUCGAGUUUGACCAGUUCCUGCCCAUGCUCCAGGCCGUUGCCAACAACAAGGAACAGGGCACCUAUGAGGACUUUGUUGAAGGUCUCCGUGUCUUUGACAAGGAAGGAAAUGGCACAGUCAUGGGAGCUGAGCUUCGUCACGUACUGGCCACUUUGGGUGAGAAGAUGAGGGAGGAGGAAGUAGAAGCCCUUCUAGCAGGUCAGGAAGACUCCAAUGGCGCCAUCAACUAUGAAGCCUUUGUGAAGCACAUCAUGUCUGUUUAGAACUCCCAAGCAAUAUCUGCAGUAUGUCUCAGAAGACCUGGAGGCAUUAAAACCGUACAGAGACCAGUAACUGGUUUUCAACAAGUUUACGGGACUGUAUUGUAUAAUACAAUUUUUUUUUAUUUUACACCAUCGGGAUUUUGGCAUUUUCUUCUACAAACCCUGCUGUUAUCUGAAGAAAGAUCUUACAGGACAUGUAACCCCAGCAAAGCUGGCGGAAGAAAAAUCUAUCAAGAAAAUCUGUGUAACUUGCCAAGGAGCAUUGUAACAAGCCUCAACAUUGCAAUAAAACCAUCCUUUGAAUAGCUGGUGGCUACAAAGUCUCUCUCUUCCUUAUUUGCCUGAAGUUAUGGGCCUGUUUUCCAAAGAACACUGCAUCAUUCACUGUUAGAAGCUCCAGUAAACUAAUGUACAACUGGUGCUUUUGACAGGAGAGUGGUUUAUUUAUUAUAUUUCUGUAUUCCACACUGUCAACACAAUAAAGUUUUGUUGAAAGAAA